CUUUAACUGUUUAGAAGAAAAGAUGUGGCUUGCUUAAAUCGUACUUUCAAUCAAUCAAUCAAUCAAUCAACACCUUCAUGAUUUAUUUGUAAACGCGUCUCUGAUCCGUUUGUUUGUUUCUCUGUGUAAAGAGCAUCAGCAUCUGUCUAAAGCUCUACAUGCCAUUUGUUGCUAUGGUUUUCAUCCUUACACUGUGUUGCACUGGGAAGAAAUAAAAAGAAAAGAAACCAAAGGGAGCGUCACAGCAUUUGCCAUGUCGGACAUGUCUCCAUGUCCACACAGCAAUGCUGCCUUCACGUGCUCUCGGAAUUCUCGUUUCGAGUUCUUAAGUCGUAACUACGACUGGGAAACUUACCCGAGUUUCCGAGAUGGGAAGAGUCCUAAACUUUCCCCAUGGCGGAGGAGAGGACAGUUUCUGUACUGACAGGUUUUUGCAGCUGAUUGUUGGCGCUUACCGUUUGGCUCAUAUUCAUAAGUUUACCAGUUAUUGCUAUGUCACCAAAGAAGGUCUACAAAAAGGUAGAAGUCAAAGGAAUGAGUAACAGCCUAAAGCAGCACUAUGAGGACAAGGUGCGUCCAUACAUUGAUCUUGUGGACAGUCUAAGAUCACUGGGAGUAGAGAAGGACCUGAACUUGCCAGCCAUUGCUGUUAUAGGUGAUCAGAGUUCAGGAAAGAGCUCUGUAUUGGAGGCCCUUUCAGGGGUAGCCUUGCCUAGAGGCACAGGUAUUGUGACCCGCUGCCCUUUGGUGUUGAAACUAAAGAGAGUUGAAAAGUGUGCCACAUGGUCUGGACUUCUAACAUACAAGGGCCAAGUAAAGGACCUUCACAAGCCAUCAGAUGUGGGGAAAGCUGUUUCAGAUGCUCAGAAUGUCUUGGCUGGAGACGGGAAGGGAAUCAGCCAGGAGAUGAUCUCUCUAGAGAUUAAAUCCAGUGAAGUUCCUGAUCUCACCCUUAUUGACCUGCCAGGCAUUGCCAGGGUGGCAACAGAUGACCAGCCAUUUGACAUUGAAAAACAGAUCAAAGAUCUCAUUGAGAAAUUCAUUAAGAGACAAGAAACUAUUAACUUGGUGGUUGUGCCUGCAAACAUUGACAUUGCCACCACUGAGGCACUGAAGAUGACAAAAAAAAUGGAUCCAAAUGGGCAAAGGACUCUGGGCAUCCUUACCAAGCCUGACUUGGUGGAUAAAGGUGCAGAGAAGAGUGUUGUAAAUACAGUAAAUAACCAGGUGAUCCCACUGAAGAAGGGCUACAUGAUCGUGAAGUGCCGUGGCCAGCAAGACAUCAAUGAGAAUUUGAGUCUGUCUAUAGCUCUCCAAAAGGAGGAAGUCUUUUUUCAGGAGCAUCCACAUUUCAGACCUCUCUUGGAGGAAGGGAAAGCCACAGUGCCUAUACUUGCAGAGAGAUUGACCAGGGAACUGGUAGAACACAUUAAUAAGUUACUCCCACAGUUGCACAAACAAGUUGAGGUCAAAUUGGAGAAAACAGUUAAUGAGUUGAGAGGGCUUGGAGAUGGAGUUCCUCAAGAGGAAAUUGGGAGAAACAAUUUUCUUGUUGGGAAAAUCAGUAACUUCAACCAAGUCCUUACAGAUAUGAUGAGGGCAGAGGAAGACACCCAAAAGUCAGAGCCCAAAGUUUUUACUAAAAUCAGGAAAGAGUUUGGAAAAUGGAAGGAGCAACUGGAUGACAAGGCUAUCAGACUCGAGCAGAACCUCCAGGUUGAAGUUGAAGAGUACACCAAGACCUAUAGGGGAAAGGAGCUUCCUGGAUUUGUUAAUUACAGAACUUUUGAAAACAUUGUCAAGAAACAUGUACAGGAACUGGAGCAACCUGCUAUACAAUUGCUGGGAAACAUCAUUGAAAUUGUUCACUCCUGUGUGAACAAGUUGGUCAGCUCCCAUUUUGAGGCCUUUCCCCACCUGCUGAGGGCAGCUAAAGAGCCGAUAGAGGAUCUGCUUGAGCAGGAGCAUGGAAAAGCCCUAGAGAGAGUACAAUCUCAAUUUAAAAUGGAGAAGAUGGUCUAUUCACAAGAUGGCCUCUACAGCCGCCAGCUAGAGGCUGUCAAACAGAAACCGGAACCAGCCAAGAUGUAUUUGAACUCAAAAGGUUACCUUGUCACCAAGACAGUCAGUGCUGACGUCAGGGAAAUGGCUCAGCACCUAAAUGCCUAUUUCCUGAUCACCUCUGACCGUCUGGCCAACCAGGUGCCCCUCAUUGUGCAGUACCAUGUGCUGGACCAGUACUUCUCUCAGCUUCAGGCCGCCAUGUUGAGCAUGAUCGGAAGCCAGAAUGCCGAGAAGCUUAUCCAAGAGGAUUCUGGUGUAGCUCAUCGUAGGAGGAGCUUGAAGGACCGCUUGGAGCGUCUAAGAAAAGCACGCCAGCUCUUGUCCAAGUCUUUAUGUCUGUCUCAUAUGUGAAUACUAAGUAGUACACAUCAAUAGAAGGAUAACCCAUUAAGGCUGGAGACUUUCAUUUGUUUUAUUGUCUUUGUUCAUAGUACUGUAUCUUUGCAGUGAUUUUACAAAAGGCAUUCCUGUUUUGUUAGAGUAAGCUAAAACAUAUUAAAUACAUAUUAACAUUAAAUGUUAUUUAAAUGUCAAUGUUAAAUGGUAUUAAUGUUACAGUGCUAUUACAUGUUAACAUUAAAAACCUUACAUAGAAUUCUAAA